GCCUCGGAUCUCCUAUUCCUUCAGAUUUUCUCACCCACAGGAAAGUCUACUCUGAUAGUCAACAUCUAUAACGCCCCAGCAGGCUUCAUCAGAGCAGGUGAAGCCGCGAAAGCUCUCACAACCCUGCCAGAGGCAUAUCUCCCUCAAGCAACAAUACUUGCAGGCAAUCUCAACCUACUACACAAUAGAUGGCAGCCCUCGCUACAUCGCAGCCCCACACCUUUCGCAGAGCUAUUUAUUAACUGGCUAGAUCUCCAGGGUCUAGUACUCAUUUCCGACAUAGACUGUCCCACACAUGAAAGGGGUAACGUGUUAGACCUCA